AUGACCGACCUGGACAAUAUGUCGGUGGUGUGCUCGUGGACAGAUGGGACUGCGAAGGCGAAAAAGACAAAGUCGGCGUUGAUCCACGCCCCAGUGCUGCGGAACUCGCUUGAGACCAAGUUGCCCAAGCGGCAGUGCUUAGCGGACUACACGGAAUCGAUGGAUGAGGCGCUCUCGCACUUCGAGACGUGCUCCCUCGGCGAUAUCGUGAAUGGCGCCGAUGAUCGGUCCCAGUUCAGUGUCAAUGAGCUGCGCGACAACAUGAACGCGGGAUCGUCGCUGUACGAUCAGAUCGUGCAGCACUUCAAGGCCGGCGACUGCAUCAGCCCCGAGGAAUCUCGUCACGUGUAA